GGCGGGCCCAGCACUGGGCUUGCUGCAGAUGUCUCAGCUUUGCCCUGCUCAGGGCCCAUCAGCUGGCAGGAAGCAGGACAGAGGUCACUUGAACUCAGACCACAGGUCGCUGUUAAAUACAUCAGCUUUUAAAUCAAUCUUUGUUCAAAGUCCAGUGAGUUCCAAGACUGGAGCUCACUAGCAGAGAGAGAACUUCCAGAACGGACUGGCUCUUCUUCUUCCCAGUUCCAGAAAUGGCUUCCACCUUCCAUCCACGAGAAUGUGAGCUGUCUAAACAAGAAGGGCAAAGCUAUGGCUUCUUCUUACGAAUUGAGAAGGACACUGAUGGCCACCUGGUCCGGGUGGUUGAGAAGGGUAGCCCAGCAGAGAAGGCGGGCCUCCAGGAUGGAGACCGAGUUCUUAGGAUCAAUGGUGUCUUUGUGGACAAGGAAGAGCAUAUGCAGGUUGUGGAUCUGGUCAGAAAGAGUGGGAAUUCAGUGACUUUACUAGUCCUGGAUGGGGAUUCCUAUGAGAAAGCAAUGAAAAAACAGGUAGACUUGAAAGAGUUGGGUCAAAAUCAGAAGGAGCAGAGUUUGAAUGAUGAGAAACUGUCCGCCGUGGUGAAUGAAGGAGCACAGACUUGGACCCAACCCAGGCUCUGCUACCUGGUGAAGGAAGGGAACAGCUAUGGCUUCUCUCUGAAAACUGUCCAAGGGAAAAAGGGAGUGUACAUGACUGAUAUAACACCUCAAGGUGUGGCUAUGAAAGCUGGUGUCCUAGCAGGUGAUCACUUGAUUGAAGUGAAUGGAGAGAAUGUAGAAGAUGCCAGCCAUGAGGAAGUGGUUGCAAAGGUGAAGAACUCUGGAAGCCAUGUCAUGUUCCUGUUGGUCGACAAGGAGACUGACAGGCUCCAUACUGAGCAGAAGAUAGAAUUCAAGAGAGAAACAGCCAGCCUGAAACUGCUACCCCGCCAGCCUCGGGUCGUAGAGAUGAAGAAGGGAGGCAAUGGCUAUGGUUUCUAUCUGAGGGCAGGUCCAGAACAGAAAGGUCAAGUCAUCAAGGACAUAGAUUCCGGAAGUCCAGCAGAGGAGGCUGGCUUGAAGAACAAUGACCUGCUGGUGGCUGUCAAUGGCGAGUCUGUGGAAUCCCUGGAUCAUGACAGUGUGGUGGAAAUGAUUAGAAAGGGCGGAGAUCAGACUUCGCUGCUGGUGGUAGACAAAGAGACGGACAACAUGUACAGACUGGCUCAUUUUUCUCCAUUUCUCUACUAUCAAAGUCAAGAACUGCCUAAUGGUUCUGUCAAGGAGGCUCCAGCUCCUACUCUUGCUCCUCCAGAGGUUUCAAGUUCAGAUACUUCAGAGGAAGUAGGAAAUCAUAAGCCUAAGCUCUGCAGGCUGGUUAAAGGCGAAAAUGGCUAUGGCUUCCACUUAAAUGCGAUUCAGGGUCAGCCAGGCUCCUUCAUCAAAGAGGUACAGAAGGGCAGCCCUGCUGAAUUGGCAGGGUUGGAGGAUGAAGAUAUCAUCAUUGAAGUGAAUGGAGCAAAGGUGGUGGAUGAACCCUAUGAGAAAGUGGUAGACAGAAUCCAGAGCAGUGGGAAGAAUGUCACACUGUUGGUCUGUGGAAAGAAGGCCUAUGAUUAUUUCCAGGUUAAGAAAAUCCCUGUUGUUUCUUCCAUGGCUGAUCCACUGAAUGAAACUCCUGAUUCCAAAGAAGAAACACUGGCAGAACCAGAGCUCGAGUCAUAUGUGGCAAAAGAACGAGCUCACAGUACAGCCUCACAUUCUUCUUCCAAUUCUGAAGACACAGAGAUGUGAUGAAAGCAAAUAAUGGCUUUGGCUGACAGCUGUUUCUGGGUAUAUAGUACAAAUCCUUUCCCGAGGAAUGAGCUGCCACCCAUUUACUGUCUCUAUUAGAGAAGAACUCCUCUGGGAACCACUUCAUCACGUUUGACUGUCUUCUGUUGUUAUUUGUCUUGGGGGUGACUAUUGCAAUAGAUAGCUUAUUUAUGGUCAACUUAAGGUAGCAACCAGAUUCUUUACAUGUGAUCUCUUUCAAGCUUCAACUUCACUACAUUUCUCUAUAUGAUGAUAUUUCUUAAUUCUAUAGGCUUCUUGUGCACUAAAGAUGAUUCAUAAAUCUGUAUAUGUGAGAGCUGCUAUAAAAUAUCUGAGCAGAUAAGCCUAUUAAAAUUAUGCUUCUGUAAGAAUGUUGUGAUUGCUAAAAUAGAUGCCAUUAAAAAUGCCUCUUGAGUAUA